CGCCAUCGCCAUCGCCAUCGCCGCGCCCGCCGCCUGGGGCCUCGGCCGGGCCGGGCUGCCCGCCGCGCUGCCUGCGCCGCCGCCGCCGCCGCCAGAGGAGUCCUCCGGGCUGCCGGGCCGCGCCACCAACCGAUCGCCCCGCCCACCGCCCGCCGCCCCGCCCGCCGCGAUGCCCGAGGCCCCGCCCCUGCUGCUGGCCGCCGGCGCGCUGGGCCUGGCGCUGCUGGCGCUGCUGGCGCUGCUGCGGCUCGUGCGGCUCCACGGCGGCCUGCUGCUCAUCGGCUGGAACGAGUGCGUCCUGUGCCCCGCCCGCAGCCUCCUCAUGGGGAGCAGCAAGGAGCAGCGCAUCCUGCGGCACGUGCGGGAGCACGCGGUGGCCGGGGACCCGCAGAGCGUGCUGGACGCCAUCGACGCCUACUGCUGGCAGAAGGAGUGGGCCAUGAACGUGGGCGACAGGAAAGGCCAGAUCGUGGACGCGGUGCUGCAGGAGCGGCAGCCUGCGGUGCUGCUGGAGCUGGGCGCCUACUGCGGCUACUCGGCCGUGCGGAUGGCCCGCCUGCUGCGGCCCGGAGCCCGGCUGCUCACCAUCGAGGUUAACCCCGACUGCGCCGCCAUCGUCCAGCAGGUGGUGGACUUCGCAGGCCUGCAGGACAGGGUGACCGUCAUUGUCGGCGCGUCCCAGGACGUCAUCCCCCAGCUGAAGAAGAAAUACGACGUGGGCACGGUGGACAUGGUCUUCCUCGACCACUGGAAGGACCGGUAUCUGCUGGACACACUCCUCCUGGAGGAGUGUGGGCUGCUGCGGAAGGGGACGGUGCUGCUGGCCGACAACGUCGUCUGCCCCGGCGCCCCGGAGUUCCUGGAGUACGUGCGUGGGAGCAGCCGCUUCGAGUGCACACACUUCAGCUCACACCUGGAGUACUCGCAGACGGUGGACGGCCUGGAGAAGGUCGUCUACAAGGGCCCCGGCAGCCCUGCGCAGCCUUGACCGCCCUCGACCCUGAUUUGGCUCCCUCUCCAAGCCCAGUUCUGAGCGUGCAGCGGCCCCGCUCCUGGCCGCCGUGUCUGUAGCGCGAGGCUCAGUCCUCCGCGCAGCCCCGAGGCCCAGGCCUGUCCACUGCAGCCCCAGGGUGUCACAGGCCGGUCUGCCCCAAGCGCGACCGGCUCACGUGCAGAAUCACUGUAGUAAACGUGCAAAGCACCUGCCUGUGACGUGAAGACCGGCGCAGGCGCCGCCCCGCCCCGCAGCACUCCAGCCGGGCUCCUGGUUCAGGAAUUCGGGGCUGGGGCUGUGCUCUCACACCGCCUGCCCUGAGGUCCACUGUCACCGCCGGCACCUCACCCCACACGUACGACUCCUGAGCUCUUUCCCCUCCUUUUUAAGAACAAAAUGCAACUUCUUUACUAAAAUCAGCUGUUAACAAUC